AUGAUCAACACUUUCCUUCUUCUUUUACUUCCGAUUGUUGUCUCAUCAUCACCUACAUUCUGCCAUUGUCCUAGUGGUUCAUAUGGAAUGACUUGCCCCAAUCCAAUACAGCUGAACUGCCCUCCAGCACCACAAUGUCCACCUGCUCCUCCAUGCAACCCCUUCCCAACUCUUCCUCCAUUCGAUCAUAACAAUGCCAUUCAGGGAAUCGCUCAAUUUACUUUCCCAACCUUGGCUCCAAUUGGACAAGGCUUAGGACAAGCUACACCAGCCCCAGUAACUCCACUUCCUUUACCUGUUGCACCACCAUCAAACGGACAAGAAAGUCUUCUUCUCAUUGGCAGCCCAGCUGCUUCUCAGGUUCCUCCACCUCCACCUCCACCACCAGUUCCAGCUGCUCCUCUGCCAACUUAUCCACAACAACCAUAUCAGACUCAGCCAGUACAAGUAAGUGUACAAGCUUCCCCACAAUACGUUGAGGCACCUGUUGAUGCCACCACUAAAGCUACAACCUUGGCAGGAGAACUAUACGUAGAAGCUGAAUCCCCAGAAGAACCUACCCUACAAAAUACUGGAACUGUGUUUGAAAAUGAACCAAAUAACGGAUUCCGUCAACCAGUCAAGAGAGAUUCAGAUGGAGAUUCAACCUUAUUAACCGACAAAUGCAACGACAAACGAUUGAAGAAAAUAAUUGAAGAGAACUGUGACAGCAACCCUUCAAGUUCUAAGAGAAAAAUCCAGAAAGCAGCAACUGAAGAAAUUGGUGGCUUGUUUGAUGUCAUCUGUUCAUCACAUGAUUUCUCAUAUUUGGCUAAUACCCAGCUAUUCUGUGAAGCUGGUAAUGAAGAUGUGACUUGCUUCGCAUUCCUCCAUUCAAUCAUUCAAUAG